AUGGCCAUGCACGGCGGCUCGCUGCAGCCGAGUCGUGCAUCAGCGCCGUCGCCCUCCCUUUCGACUGCCAGCCGCUCCCUCGACUCGGUCCAUGUUCACCGUGCUCAGCUUUUGGAUCCCAUGCACAGCCGAUCGACGCAGAGCAAACGUACGAGCUUGAGCGUGGGUGACGGACCAGCGUUGCGCAGACUCGGUUUCGAUGCGCAGACAGGCUCGGGCUCUUUUUUUGGGAUUGGCGCGCGCUGUCACUUUUUCCUGCCAGCCGAGCCGCUUUGGGAUGCACAGCCUCAUGCCUCGUCCAUGCUCGUUCGGCCGUCGCGCGCGCAUCCCGCAAAGAAAAAGACGCCGAGCAGACGAGGGCCGAGUUGGUGUUGUGGAUGGAUGCACCGAAGAUUUCAGCUGCAGCUCGCCUCCGAACCAGCAUGUGGCUUUCGGCCGUCGAGCAUGGCCUUUCUGCCUUCUGCCUUCCACUGCCGCUGCAACUUGCGCGAUCGACAGAUGGCUUGGGAUCUGCACGCCCACCGCACCCUCCGCUAG